AUGCCUGACUAUAACCUGGAAGUCAGAUGCCCGCUCUGCGCCGAGCAGUUCUUUGUCAAGGCCCGCCGGGCUGGUCGCUUUACAGAGUGGCCGGGAUGGGCCGUAAUGCGUGUCGUCAUUUGGAAGGAGGGAUCGCACGAGCUGGCAACAUUGGGUUGGGUGAAGUGGCUCGUCCCCAACAACAUAACAGGCGUGUUACACAUCCACGUCUCGCACAGCGAGCAGGAUGCCUCGAAUAAGAAGACCCCAGCAGCACGGGUGAUGCGCCUAGGACGCGACACGAACACCGGUGAGUUUGCCUUCAUCUGUGACGGAGCCUGCUGGGAGAUUGCCGCGACACGCUUCGGUACAGCCGAUUCCCCCGAGGAUCCGACGCUGGCCACGGGACUGGCGCGGAUGCUGGCCAGCAUCAACUGGAACAUCCAGACGAACACCGAACCCAUGCGGGUUCUUUCUGCAAGGGUCCCCUUCGAUGGUUUCUGGCCAUCGCUGAAGGAGCCGAAAAGGCUUGGACAAGAGGUUGUGCUCACGAAGCAGGGCAUUACAAGCCUGUCCAAGUUCCUGACAGGUCUUAAGCUUCUCGAAGGGAAACCCAAGACAUCGACUACAUCUCGCCGAUUCAGUCAGAGGAGACCAGCUGUGCGAAGACGGCGAUGCGUUUGCAAUGACAUUUUCGCCCGGCUCCCUGUGGAGCUGUUGAUGCACAUUGUGUGCUUUGUACACACGCAAGACCUUCCCAGAUUGCGGCUAGCCUCCAAAGACAUAGCUGGCGUCUCAAGUCUCAACCAGCUGUCCCGAUCAUUCUGGCAAACCCGCUUCUAUGAAGAAUUCGGCUAUGCUGUUCCGCGAGACGUCGAUGGGCAAGAGGAUUGGCGAGCACUCCAUUUUUCUAUGCCUCGCCUCUGGCGACCAAGUAUUGCAUCUUCAAUAUUCAAGAGGGCAUCUGUCUGGCAUGGCCUGGAUCAUGUAGGCCUCCUAGUCAACAGGACUUUGCAGGGCUUGCCUGUUGAAGAGGCCGACCUAAGAUCACUGCGCGCGGAAACACAGACGAAGUGUGGCCUUACGAGGCGUAUCUUGAAGCUGGUGAAGCCGGUUGAUACCCAACUACGACCCCUCCUCCCCGGCCAGACAACACCAAGGAUAGUCGAACUGCGUCGGUCACCCUGCAUCGGUCGAGACUACCAGCUCCGCGGGAUCGGCGUGACGAUGAGCAAGCUUGGAAACCGAUCUGAUGAGCUCGGCUACACGUGUGCAGCCACCGAAACAGUACUAGAAGUCUCCCAGUCCGAAGAUUUGGCCGGGUUCAAGUUGCUACACUCCGAGGAUAGGGUGACUGGCAUCAGGCUUCUCGUCAGCAACAAGAAAACAUGGAAGACGCGCCAGACAGAUUGGGUACGAGAUCCAGCGCAGUCGGUGGAGAAGCCCGUCCUCGUCAGGAGGCAGUUCCCGUGGACCCCGUUCAGUCUGAUUGGUUCUUUCGAUUACUGUGGCCUAGUUGGCGUCUCUGUAUUUGGCGAGGGACUCGUCUGCUCUCGAUGA